GACGCGUCAAAAAUUAAUUGGAGGCGUGUUUCCUUGCACGUCGCACAUCGAGCGAAGGACAUUCAUUCAUACCACCGCACUCCGUCUCCCAUCGUCACCUUGCGCAAAGGCUCUACGAAAUAGCUGUGCAUUUUCAGUCUCGCUGGCAACAUUAAUAUCUCCCCAGGAUGUCCUCGAGGCCAGAGUUGAAGGUGGACGACGAACAUGGGUUCAUUCGCUUCUUCAAAUCCCUUUCCAACGACGGCAAUGACACGGUGCGCAUCUUUGACCGUGGCGACUGGUAUACGGCACAUGGCGAGGAUGCCAACUUCAUUGCGAGAACGGUUUACAAGACAACCUCGGUAGUCCGACAGUUAGGUAAAAGCGACCACACUGGCCUGCCUUCGGUCACCAUGACCGUGACCGUUUUCCGCCAGUUCCUCCGGGAAGCGUUGUUCAAGCUGGGCAAGCGAGUCGAGAUCUGGGUAAGCCCCAACGGUCGGAUGAACUGGAAAAUUGCCAAGCAGGCCUCGCCAGGGAACCUCCAAGAUGUCGAAGACGAUCUCGGUGGCCAGCUUGAGGCUGCCCCCGUUAUCUUGGCCGUCAAAAUCUCGGCCAAGGCUACUGAAGCCAGGACAGUGGGCGUGUGCUUCGCAGAUGCCACCGUCCGGGAGCUCGGUGUCAGCGAAUUCCUCGACAACGAUCUAUAUUCCAACCUUGAAGCCCUACUUAUCCAGCUCGGGGUCAGGGAAUGUUUGAUUCAACUGGAUAAGGCUGAAAAGGAUAAGGAUCCAGAGCUUACAAAGCUGAGGCAAAUCAUGGACAAUUGCGGCGUCGCCAUUUCAGAGAGACCAGCCGUCGAUUUCGGCACCAAGGAUAUUGAGCAGGACCUUACAAGGCUUCUCAAGGACGACCGUGCUACUUCAAUGCUUCCGCAGACUGACUUGAAGCUCGCGAUGGGUUCUGCCGCUGCCCUCAUCAAGUACCUGGGUGUGCUCCAUGACCCUUCCAACUUUGGACAAUACCAGUUGUACCAGCACGAACUAUCCCAGUUCAUGAAGCUCGAUGCGGCCGCUCUGAAGGCUCUCAAUCUAAUGCCCAGCGCUAGAGACGGCUCCAAGACCAUGAGCUUAUAUGGGCUAUUGAAUCACUGCAAGACCCCUGUUGGAAGCAGGCUGCUUUCGCAAUGGCUGAAGCAGCCCUUGAUGGAUCGGGAAGAGAUUGACAAACGCCAACAACUCGUCGAGGCGUUUAUCAACGACACUGAGCUUCGACAAACGAUGCAAGAAGAGCAUCUCAGAUCUAUUCCCGACUUAUACCGCCUAGCUAAGCGGUUUCAGCGGAACAAGGCCAACCUUGAGGACGUUGUGAGGGCCUACCAAGUCAUCAUCCGUUUGCCGGGUUUUCUUGGAACACUCGAGGGAGUGAUGGACGAGGCAUAUCGGGAUCCUCUCGACACGGUAUAUACUAACAAGCUCCGCGAGCUGUUCGACAGCCUCGUCAAACUGCAAGAAAUGGUGGAAACGACUGUCGACCUUGACGCUUUGGAUAACCACGAAUUCAUCAUCAAGCCCGAGUUUGACGACAGUCUACGAAUUAUACGGAAAAAGCUCGAUAGGCUACGGUCUGACAUGAAUGGCGAGUUUGCCGAUGCCGCGAGCGACUUGGGCCAGGAACGAGACAAGAAAAUCUUUCUCGAGAACCACAAGGUGCACGGCUGGUGCAUGCGCCUAACGAGGACCGAAGCGGGCUGCAUCCGAAACAAUUCCCGGUACCAGGAGUGUUCGACACAGAAGAACGGCGUCUAUUUCACGACAAAGAACCUCCAGAGCUUCCGCCGCGAGUUUGACCAGCUGUCCCAGAAUUAUAAUAGAACUCAGAGCAGCUUGGUCGCCGAGGUUGUUGGAGUUGCAGCCUCGUACAGCCCCGUGCUCGAGAAGCUUGCUGGCGUUCUUGCUCACCUUGACGUGAUCGUAUCAUUCGCACACUGCUCAGUACAUGCGCCCAUCUCCUAUGUUCGGCCAAAGAUUCACCCUCGCGGAGAGGGCAAGACGGUUCUCACCGAGGCACGACAUCCCUGUAUGGAAAUGCAGGAUGAUGUUCAAUUCAUCACCAACGACGUUGAGCUCACCCGCGACAAGUCAUCUUUCCUAAUAAUCACAGGCCCCAAUAUGGGCGGCAAGUCGACCUAUAUCCGACAGAUCGGCGUAGUUGCGUUGAUGGCUCAGAUUGGCUGUUUUGUUCCCUGCAGCUCGGCCGAGCUGACCAUCUUCGACAGCAUCCUGGCACGCGUCGGUGCCAGCGAUAGUCAGCUGAAGGGCGUGUCGACCUUUAUGGCCGAGAUGCUUGAAACAGCCAACAUCCUCAAGUCCGCCACAGCAGAGAGCCUCAUUAUCAUCGACGAACUCGGCCGAGGCACGUCAACCUACGACGGGUUUGGGCUUGCGUGGGCUAUCUCCGAGUACAUCAUCAAGGAGAUUGGGUGUUUUGCCUUGUUUGCCACCCACUUCCACGAGCUAACGGCCCUCGCCGAUCAGUAUCCCCAGGUCCGCAACCUCCACGUAACGGCGCACAUCAGCGGGACCGGCCAGCACGCGAACGAGAAGAGCCCUGAGAAACCCGAGGUUACCCUCUUGUACAAGGUCGAGGAAGGCAUCUGCGACCAAAGCUUUGGCAUCCACGUGGCUGAACUCGUCCGUUUCCCGGACAAGGUAGUUCGCAUGGCCAAACGUAAGGCGGACGAGCUGGAGGAUUUUACCAGCAAGCACGAUGCUGGUGGCCUGGGCGUUGAGUACAGCAAAAAGGACGUCGAGGAAGGUAGCGCCCUACUAAAGGAGGUGUUGAUACGCUGGAAAGACGAGGUCAGAAACGGUCAGAUGAGCAAGGAGGAGAUGAUUGCAAGGAUGCGGGCCCUUGUUUCCGAAGACGAGAAACUUGCGGCCAAUCCGUUCUUCCAGAGUGUCAAGGCAUUGUAGAUGUCGGCGUAUAGCAGGGAUUUUUUUGAUGGGGCUUUACGGAGCGUAUCUUGGAGUUUUCCUUUUCCUUUUCCUACUUGUGGCCUUGUUGGGUUUGUAACAUAAGACACAU